AAUCAAGUUCUUUUUAAUACGGCUUCGUCCUGGCCGGUUGUUACGUAACUGUUCGUAUGCCGGACAUGGACUCGCCGGUUUCCGCUACCGGCAGCGAUCAUAGCGCCGCUUCCGCUUCAUCAGCGGCAAAUAACAAUAAUAACGGCGCCGCUUUGAAGCGCGGAUCUUCUACGCCACAGCAUUCACCGCAGCCGCUCAUAGGUUCAGGCGAAGGUAACGAAAACCAUAGUCCGAUGAUGAGAGCAGGACCUCUUCAGCAUGGCCAAAGCGGGAUUCAACAACCUGGCUCUAGCCCAUUAAUGCAGCAUGCUGCAGCCAUGCAACUAACACCACCGCCGGUAUCGACCCCUAAUGGCUUGGGCUCUUUAGGCGGUCGUCUUGGACCAUCUGCUCUUAGUCACUUACCUCCUCCUGGAUUGGGACUUCUAAACUCUCUUCAAAUGAUGCACCACGCUUCGCCUUUGGAGCUGAUGGCGGUUGCUCAGCACCAUCACGGUGGACCUCCAAGAUCAUAUAAUUCACCUCCGCCAAUAUCGAGUUCUGAUCCGGCGGCCAAUGAAUGUAAAUUGGUAGAUUAUCGUGGACAAAAAGUUGCUGCGUUUAUAAUUUCUGGAGAAACAAUGCUAUGUCUUCCGCAGGCAUUCGAAUUAUUUUUAAAGCAUUUAGUAGGUGGUUUACAUACAGUAUAUACAAAAUUAAAAAGACUAGACAUCGUGCCGCUCGUGUGCAAUGUGGAGCAAGUAAGAAUUUUAAGAGGACUUGGAGCAAUUCAGCCUGGAGUUAACCGUUGCAAACUCCUUAGCUGCAAGGACUUCGAUGUGCUUUAUCGCGACUGCACAACUGCCAGGUGAGUACGAAGUGGAGAAGGUUUAAUUUAAGAAAUAACAAUAAGUCAGGCUAAUCUAGAC